AUGACGUUUACUUCACCUUGGACGAAAAUGAAUGAAAAGGAGAAUUGCGAAGCAAAGGGAUACUGCAAUGACGGCUAUGAUUUGGAGAGGAGAGGAGAUCCUCUGUUGAGUAACUCUGAAGAAGCGGUGAGUAGUCGCCCAAACAGACUCAUCAAAGCCUGUGAUUGGAUAGCCGUGAUUCUUCUAUCAGUAACUUUGGUAGAAAUCACAACGU